AUGUGCAAAGAAACUACAAUUAGGCGUCUGAAUGUACCUUGUGGUGAUAGUGGAGAAAGUGGAAAGGGGACUAUUACAGAUGAUGAAGGGCAAUUAACUCCAUCUGGGACUUUGUCACGGCAUACACAUUUAGAUGACUCCUGUGAUGACCACCUGAGUCCCUCUGGAACUAUUGAGCGAGCACGGCAACUGGUGGAAAGUGCAUCCAGAAGCAUUCUAGCCAAUAGCGCUGCACAGAAGUUAGACAGAGACAAUGAUUCUGUAUUUGUUGAUAGCAGAAAGCCCAUUGUCUCUAAUAAAGGACACCAGGACAUUUUAGAUAAUUCUCUGAGCAUUAAACUCAGGGCAGGUGGAAUGCCAGCUACCACAGCGCGCCUUGUAGAGGCCUGUGCACCACCUACACUUAACGAGAGUCAGGUAAGUAUCCGUUCCCUCAGGCAUCAGAGGCAAGUGAGCGACAGUGUGCUGAAAGAUCUGAGAGAUGAUGACGACGAUGAUGAUGAUGAUGACGAGAUGGAAACAAAGUCAGUGGGGGCACCGAGUACUUUGCCGCGCCUUAGUCGACCAUCUUCGAUUGCCUCACCAGUCACUGGCUCGUCGAAACACAAUACCUUGGAACGUUCACAUUCCAUCCCCGGUUCGAAGCCUCCACUCAUACGAGCUCUUGGCGCAUAUGAAGAGUACUUAAGUCAACAUAAGAAAGGUGUCUUCAGACGGAAGAGAAUAUCGUUAGCCAGCAUGAUGUCUUGGUCAAAGGUGCCAAUCAAAAAACCAUUGAUCCUUAUACAAGAUAGGCAGUUAAAAAAGGACGCAAUUGAUACCUUUAAACUGAUUCUUGGCUAUAUGGGCGAUCGAUCCAUCAAAGGGAAAACUCCAGAGAGGCUGGCUCUAGAACUCACCACAAAGGGUUGGAACACUCCUGUAUUACGGGAUGAAAUUUACCUUCAACUUUGUAAACAGACCACUGACAACUUUAGGCUGGAGAGUUUGCGCAGUGGCUGGGAGCUGAUGGCAAUUUGUCUCGCUCUUUUUCCUCCUUCAACUAAGUUUUACUCCUACUUAGAUGGGUAUCUCAAUAAAAACUUGGAGGACAUCGAACGGAAAGAGAUCUCUUUAACAUACUAUAUCAGGCAUUGCUCCGUGAGACUCAAAAGAAUGGCUAGAACUGGUGCCAAGCGCGGCCUCAGGAAACCAAGCAUCGAGGAAAUUCAACAGGCGAAGUCCUCCGUGUUCCACCCAUCCAUGUUUGGUGCCACCCUUGAGGACAUCAUGGAGGCGCAGGCCGAGCGUUUCCCUUCACUUAAACUGCCAUGGAUUUUACCAACCUUGGCUGAGUCGGUGCUAGAGCACCAAGGUGCUUCAACGGAAGGUAUUUUCAGGGUUCCUGGAGACAUCGACGAAGUAAACUCCCAGAAAAUCAGGCUUGACAAAUGGGAGGCUCCCACUGGAAUUACAGAUCCCCAUGUACCUGCGUCACUUCUGAAACUUUGGUUCAGGGAGCUUCACGAACCUCUUAUACCGGAACUGUUUUAUGAAAGGUGCGUUAACAACUGUGAUGACGCUACAGUGGCUGUGGCACUUGCGAUGUCUCUUCCUGAAGUCAACAGACUCGUCCUCUCGUAUCUCAUUAGAUUUUUACAGAUUUUCUCACUCCCUCAUAUGUGCGUUAUAACAAAGAUGGACGUAAAUAACUUGGCCAUGGUUUGGGCGCCAAACUGCCUUCGUUGUCCCUCUGACGAUCCCAAGGAAAUUUUUGAAAAUACGCGAAAAGAGAUGACUUUUAUGAGAACUCUUAUUCGGCAUCUUGACGCAACUUUCAUGGAAGGAGUGCGUUAACACACAAAAACAACAGUUCGUAGUGCCAGUCCUUGACUGUGGGACACCGAGACCAAGAUCACACGUGACAACGAAAAGUCUGACAACUGAAUGAGCCUGCGGCUUUAUUUCGCAACGUUGCUAUGCAACGCAAGGUAUUGGAAUCCGACCUCGCGUCAGGGUGUUCAAUAGCGUCCGUCAAGAAGAAACGGAACUCCUCGAAUGCCCUUACUGAGAUUUACCAGAACUCAUGGCUCGAUUGUUCGACUUGUCAAACUGGUGCUCAGCAUUGAUACGAUUCGUCUGGCUGGGAAGUUUGCGCAUGAAAAUUUUGUUGACUCAAUUGAACUCAAAUUCAAAGGCAGAAAAGGUCAAAAUUUACCUAGGUCCGUUAGCUAAAAAAAUACAACUACAGAAAACAAUAAAACAAAAAUGAAAAGAAAAUAAGAAGGAUCUACAGAACUGCAAACUAAAGAACACACAGCAAGAGGUUAUCUUUCCAUUAAGCAAAUUGAAGUGUCUAAAUUAUAGCAAACGUAAUCUUCUGUUGUUAGUCGAAAACAUCGCGGUAGCUUAUGUGAAGAGGCGAAGUAAGCAUUGUAUAUAUCAAUAAAACUCUAAGUAUUGUAUAAGAUUA